AUGCGACAGGUCGCUCAGGCAUACAAGAUCAGUCUUACGUCGCCAAGAAAAGCCGAAUCCACCAUGGACCCGCCCAAGUCAAGAGUCUCAGAGCUUGAAGAAGCGAAGUCUUCUCCUCUUGAUCGCCAUGGCGACCAUGAGCAUCAACAGAAGCUCACCCGGAGCGUGUUGUGGAAGCUUGACAUACGAAUCCUCCCUAUGCUUGCCGCGCUGUUUUUGUGCUCGUUUUUGGAUAGGACGAACGUAGGCAACGUGAAGAUUAUCGGCUUAGAGAAAGACCUCUCUAUGACGGAUCAUCAGUAUGAUAUCGGCUUAGCUGUGUUCUAUCUCACCUACAUUUGCAGUGAAAUUCCGAGUAACUUGGUACUGAAGAAAGCGUCGCCGAAGAUUUGGUUGCCAUUCUUGACCGUUAUCUGGGGUAUAAUCACUAUGUGUCUGGGAUUUGUGCAGAACUUUCCUAGUUUCGCCGGUGUCCGGGCCUUGCUGGGUAUUGCAGAGGGAGGCCUUCUUCCGGGCAUGGUCUUGUAUUUGUCUGGCUUCUAUAGACGAGGGGAUUUAGCUUUGCGAAUUGGCUUGUUCUAUACAGCUGCUUCCCUAUCGGGCGCAUUCGGAGGUCUGCUCGCCCGUGGGCUGGCUGAAAUCGGGCAUCGGGGUGGCAUAGCAGGUUGGCGCUGGAUCUUGAUUAUUGAGGGACUCUUGACAGUUGCCUGUGGAAUCGUGAGCUUCUUCGUCCUUCCAAACAGCUUGGAGUCUGCACGUUUCUUGACAGCCGAAGAAAAAGCAUUCGGACGGGAGAGGCUGAACCUUGAUAGCCCCAGAUCGGCGGUCGGAACCUUGGCAUCUGAAAAGGAAUCAUUCAAAUGGUCGGAAGUGCGCCGAGGAGUGCUAGAACUACAAGUGUGGCUCUCUGCUUCGGCGUACUUUGCCAUUCUUGCCGGACUAUACUCCUUUGGCCUGUUUUUGCCGACAAUCAUCAAAAAUCUCGGUUUCGCCAAAGAUGCCAAUGAAGUUCAGCUGUGGUCUGUGAUACCCUACGCAGUCGCAGCCGUUCUCACAGUCGUCGUUGCCGUCAUUUCCGAUCGUCUCCGCCUUCGAGGUGUGGUCAUGCUCUUCACCCUCCCAAUCGCUAUCAUCGGAUACGCAGCAAUUGCCAAUAUUGACAACCCUCGCAUUCAAUAUGGCAUGACCUUCCUCAUGGCAACCGGCCAAUACGCUAGUGUCCCAUGCAUUCUCGUGUGGCUAUCGAAUAAUUCUGCGGGGCAUUAUAAGAGGGCCACAACAUCCGCACUGCAGUUGGCAAUUGCGAAUGCUGGAGGAUUUGUUGCGACCUUCAACUACCCAUCGCGCGACGGACCACUGUUCCAUCGUGGACAUACCAUUGUCCUGGGGUUGCUGGUUUUUGCAUGGUUUAUGAUCUUGUUUAACGUGCUCUACUGCGCAAAGAUUAAUCGCGACAAGAGAAAUGGGAAAUACGAUAAGUACGCGGGAUAUAAUGACGACCGUAACCCGGAGUUUAUGAUGGUUCUAUGA